AUGACGCAAUCACAUAAGUCGCACCUUCGGCAAUCAAAUAAGCCCUUCAAAGGAACGACAAAGAGGAAGGAACCUGGCGGGAAGACUGUCGCUCGCCCUCGUGUCAAAUCAGCACCUGCUGUCGUAGCGCGGGGAAAACAGGAGAGGGCAAAUGCAGCGAAAGACUUACGGAAGAAGCGUCGCGAAGAAACGCGAGCGAAGCGUCGAAUCGGUGCGAUGAGUUCGGAAGCGAUUCCUCCGAAGAUUGCGAUGCUCCUUCCACUCAAAUCGGGGGUCGACGUGACGGACUUGAAGAACGCGUUGGCGAGUUUGGGAGAAUCUGUUCUUGUGGGAAAUGGAAAUCAAAAGCUAGAUGGAGGAGACGUGAUGGAGGACUCGGAAACAAGCGCCGUGCAGUCAAAGAUUUGCCAACCUGUGACAUUCCAACUGCCUCCAUGGGCCCAAACGACUUCAACAGGAGAGGGACGAAAACAAUGCUUGACUCUGAUUGAUGCAUCAGCACAUCUGUAUCCACGUCCAUCACCACUUCCGAGUAUCGUGAAUCCGAAGAAGAAUGACGAUGACGUCCCACAGACGGAAUUUGUGUCAAAAGAGGGACUUCAAACAGUUUUGGACAUCGCUAAGACGGCGAAUAUCAUUGUGUGUGUCUUACCGGGGACUUGUUCCCUUGAUGAUCCCCCCUUCGAUGAUCUUGGUUAUGAAUUAUUGUCUGCAUUAAAAUUACAAGGAUUUCCAACUCCGAUAGGCGUGAUGAUUCGAGAUGAAGGUUACAACGCUCUGGAUGUUGGUGAGUUAAAAAUCUAUUGCGUAGAAUGUCAUUUAUCGAUGAUGGUUGAUAAAUAUAAAUAUCUAUCGUCGAUAAAUAUCUAUUGUCGAUCAUCAGGCAAACAAAAAGAACGUCGCAAACUUGUUAAUCGAUACUUUACGUCUGAAUUCGGUGCUGGACAAAAAUUCAUCGCAAUUGAUGAUCCUGCAAACGAUUUGAAGUCAUUGUUGCGCGCGCUGUCCAACGCUGUCCCAAAAGAGUUUUCAUGGAGAGCGAUGCGUGGGUAUCUUGUUCCGGAUCGAUGCAUGCUUCUGAGGAAUCAGCCAGAUGGGAGGAUAAAACUGAUAGUUGAAGGAUUUGCCAGAGGGUUGGGAUUCACUGUGAAGCAUCCUCUUCAUUUGACUGGCAUCGGGGAUGUUAUUGCAGAUAGAAUUAUUGCUUUAGAGAAUCCAUUGAAAGCCCAAAGAAAAGUUGUAAGUGGACAGUCGAUAAGUGGGUCUAUGAGUAAUGACAACUUCCGUUUUGGGACUUUCUCUUACAAUCCCAUUUUGAGAGACGACAUGCAGAAUUCCGUCGGAUCUGAACGUUUAUUGGAAAAGCUUACAGUUGAUAUGGAAAAACAGCUUCAAGAGGAAUGGGAGUGUUUACGACCGUAUGAUCCCUUAGCGGGGGAGCAAACGUGGCCAACUGAAGAAGAACUGAAGGAAGCGGAGGACGGACAGAAACGUGAAGUGAACAGACGUCUCGCCGUUCCGAAAGGAACCUCAGCGUACCAGCAAGCGUGGCUCGAUGAAGAAGUUCAGUUUGAUGGCGCAGAGGAUGUCCAGGAAGAAAUAGACGAUGACACGAUGGGGAAUAAUGCGGAUGAGGAACACGAAGAGGUUGAUUUUGAAGAGGAUGAUGAAUCUAUAGGUGAACCAACAGUAACGAAUGACAUUAUGAUGGACGACAUGCCGCAACAUACGGAGGGUGAAAUGAUAGCAGAAAAAAAUCGUUUGAAGUUUGAACUUGAGGAAAGAAGCAGGGAAGAUUUAGAAUUCCCGGAUGAAGUCGACACUCCAUUGGACCAACCAGCAAGAGAACGUUUUACAAGAUAUAGAGGAUUAAAAUCCUUCAAAACCUCGAAGUGGGAUCCCUACGAGGAUCUUCCCGCCGAAUAUUCUCGAAUUUACGAAUUCGACUCAUUCAGGCCAACGAUGAAUUUUUCUAAACAUCAAUUUAUCGAAGAUUGUAUGGGAGUUUGUGGUGGAAUGACUAUCACUGGACUCUAUAUUCGUCUUGAAAUUCGUCUUUCGAAUAAUGAUCCUACAGAGGCAUCAAAGGUUGAUGCAAUACAGAAACGCUUGGAGAGAAUUCAAUUGUUCAACCAAGGACAUCAAGGACUUCUACCCAUUGCCCCAUUGCUCAUCAGUACAUUAUUACCCUUUGAAAGAAAGACUUCCGUCUCUCAUAUGAGAAUCACUCGCGUUAAUGACUUCAUCGAGCCUCUACAAUCCAAGACAUUGGUUGAAAUGCAGUGUGGAUUCAGAAGAUAUCUCGCCCGCCCGAUUUUUAGCACAGGAACAAACACUGCAGGAACUCGAAUCAGCAUGAAAUCCAGAUUUCAUCGAUUCUUACAUCAAGGUUCCCCUGCUGUUGCAUCCGUCUACGCCCCAACCAUUUUCCCUCCUGCGCCUGUUUUGGUUUUCAAGUCGCCCGAGCUUCCAUCUGAAGAAGCGUUAAGCCAAUCUUCCAUCCUUGAUUACCCUUCUUCCGAAGAACUCGAGAAAGCGACAAAGCUUGCAGCAUGGGGAAGCGUUCUAGAGCCAGAUGCGAGGCGUGUUAUUAUCAAGCGCAUCGUAUUAACUGGAUACCCGUUUAGAGUUCAUAAGAAGAAGGCAGUGGUUCGGUUCAUGUUCUUUAAUCCAAGUGACAUUCGCUGGUUCUCUCCUGUUGAAUUGGCGACUAAGAAAGGUCUCCGAGGGCACAUUAAAGAGCCCCUUGGGACUCAUGGCUACAUGAAGUGCAUUUUCAAUGAUUACGUUGACCAAUCAGACACGGUCUGCAUGUACCUUUAUAAACGUGUCUACCCCAAAUGGUUUCCGCCUACUUGGGGUGGUGACGAGUCCCAAACACCCACUCAGUAG